CGCAAAAGCCCUACAGGGCGAUACCUUACGGUAGAGAAGCAGUAGAAAGUACGCGAACAAGAGGACAAACUUCAAAGGCUUGUGCUUUUCUCAGCUCUCUCGAGAUAUCGCUGUUCUCUUCUUCUCUCUCUCUCUCUCUCUCUCUCUCUCUCCCUUUCUCUCUGUGCGCACAGAUGUCUAAUCAGAUUUUGCGUUAACGUGUUUGAAUCUCUGCGUACGCGCAUAUACUCAUACAGGGGAGGGAGAGAUAUACAUAGAAACACAGAGAGAAUGUCGAAGAAGAAGGCUUUCAGUGGCAAUACUAUGACUCUCAAGGACUUUCAUGGCGGUUCUAUCCCAACUGAUCUCCCUCUUCCUUCUGCUCCUGGUGUAAUUGUUAGGUCUUCGGAGUGCUCUGGUUACGACCGUCCAAAUUCAUGGGGAGGGUCAAUGGGUCGUCCCGAUCACCGUGCCAGGCCUAAUUCGUCCCCUGCCACUAGGCAUUUCGAUGAUAAAACCCCUUUUCUCAGUCAUACAACACAGAUAGGCCGUCAUUUCGAUGAGGACGAACGCAAGCCUUUAGAUGGUGUUUCGGCUGCACGCCGGACAGUGGGUGAUGAGAGCUUUCGUGUUCCACCCAGUAAGAUAGAGCUCAAGCCGGAGCCUGUGUUGAGUGGGAGGGUGUCAGUUUCAGCUUCAGCUUCAGGGGUGCAGUUUGCAAGUUCGUACUCAGGGAGGGUUAGCGAUGGGGCUUAUGUGGGGGCGAGUCUGCAGAAUGUAGGGGGUAAUACUGGGCACAGCGUUGGAGGGUCACACCCAAAUGUAUGGGCAGCCAGGAAGGAGGUGGUGGUGGGUGUUAAUGAGCCAGUGCAAUCCGCGUGGUCAGGUGCAAGUGCUGUCUCAAAGUUAGCCCUUGCAAGUGCUCUUGAAAAGGUGUCUUCAGGCAGAUGGCAGACAAAGCAUUCUAUUCACCAUCAGACAGAUGAUGAGGUCAUUGAGCAUUUGGAAACAGAAAAGAGUGUAGCCUCCAUAGGCCAUGAUGGGUAUGCAUACAAUAGGAUGGAUGCAGUGGGUGGGAGUGAAUAUCCUGAUGUGACAUUGGCAAGGCAUGUAGAAAGGGGUAUGGCUCUUCAGGAUGGGGUUCAAAACGGCAAAAGGGAGUACGUUGAUCAUGAAAAGACCAGGGUUGGUUCAUAUUCAGAAUUGAGAGACAGGAACCUGUCAAUGCAUGGUGAAAGGGUUCAACCACCAUAUACUGAUGUCAGAUUUAGUAGGACUGAAUUGUUAUCCCCGGUGCAGUCUGAAUCAUCUGAACGGCCUAAGGUGAAGUUGCUUCCAAGAACAAAGCCAUUGGAAAAUUUGGAACCACCUACUGUUGAUCACAAGCAGGGAUACCAACAGCUGAGUAACUCUGCCAAUGGUCAUGUUGAAACUAGCGAAUUGCAUGGAAGUGUCAAUGCUGCAAAUUCUGGUUUAGCUAAUUUGGAGAGUGAGUAUCAGGUGAUAGAGCGUCCAAAAUUGAAUUUGAAGUCACGGUCGCAACCUGUUGAACAAUCUGAAGGGAACACAGAAAUGGGAAGGUUUGCAUUAUUUGGUGGUGCUCGGCCUCGUGAAGUGGUUCUGAAGGAGCGAGGAAUUGACAAUGCUGCUAUUAGAAACCAUGGCAUGGGUCAGCAUCCAGAUAGGGUCAAGCAUAAUCUUUCCAGGACUGAAAGAGUUCCUGAGCAUGCAGUUCCUAUUCAACAUGGUGAAAGGACUGACAAUAUUCCUCCAGAUCAAAGGACUGGAAAGAAAAUUGAGAGGAAAGAUCAGCAAGUCGACAUUGAGAGAGUUGAUAAACAGAGGAGGAAUUGGCGAAAUGAGAACUGGAGGAACAGCAGGGAGACUGAGAGGCAGCAGCAGCCGCAAUUGCAGCAGGGGAGGCCUCCUUCACCUGAGACCUGGCGUAAGCCAGUUGAGCAACCAAAACCAGCCUCACCUGAUGCUACUGGUUUGCGCUAUGGAAAAACAGCUUCAGCCUUGGAGCUUGCCCAAGCAUUCUCAAAAUCUUUCUCGGAUCCAAAAACAGCUGAUCGAUAUUCUGGCCAAAGGGGCCUCCAUGGCAAGACCCAGGUGCCUUUUUCACGGCUAAUGGGCCCAACACCAAGGCCUCAGAUAAAUGGCUACUAAAUUCUGAGUGGUGUUGUGGCCAAUAAGGCAUCUGGUGGUAAGAGGAUUGUGCCUCUGAUACUGAAGCUUUGGUUAAAAGCAAGCUGUUGAGCAAAUGAGUGUGCCCUCAGUUAUCUUCAGCUAAUAGAUGGCCAUUUGAAAUCGAGUAGAAUGCUUCAGCUGAUUACAUAUUUACUUUGUAAACCCAUAUGCCCUUUUUGUUAAUCUCUCUUGAUAACUGUAUUCCUCAUUUUUUUAGUAGAGAGAGAGUGGUCUGUGUUGCCUAUUUAUAAAUUGAAAAUUGAGUCAUUUGUAGCACUACUUUAUGGUGCAAGGAAGUCUAUUUUAUGGUGGUUUCUUAA